AAAACUCUGCCAGACCAAUCAAACGCGAGAAACUGAACUUCAACACGUCACCUUGACCAGAAGGACAGUUUGGUGAAGUUUGUAAAGAAAACCUAUCGGGAUUUCCGCUUUAAUUCAAGCCAUAACCGAGCCUAAGAUUGUCCACAUGGCUGUGGCUCGGGGUUUGCCUCAGUGGGAGAGAAAGGUGCGCGUGUUUUUGUGCAUUUUCGGCAUGGUUUUGUCCGUUUAUGCCCUUCAUGUGGAGCUGUCCCGAGAGAGAAACCCAGAUUACAGGGCGAUGUGUGACCUGGGGGAAUCUGUGAGCUGCUCGAAAGUUUUCACCUCCAGAUGGGGACGUGGAUUUGGUUUGGUCCAGUUCUUUGUGGCCAAAGAUAGCCCUCUGAAUCAACCCAACAGCGUGCUUGGCAUCAUAUUUUACAUUCUGCAGAUGGGCCUCGGACUGUCUCUGUCUAAAAAAGCAGCACUGUUUUUGGUCUUUGCCUCCUGGGUGUCCGUUGCCGGUUCGCUCUAUCUCGCAUCAAUUCUCACCUUUGUUCUGGGGGAUUUCUGCAUGGUCUGUGUGUCAACAUACAUUAUCAACUUUGCACUGCUCUACACCAACCUGAAACGACGAACCGCAAUUGAAGGAAUGAAGGAAAAGGCUGGAUAGAAGUGUUACUUGUGAAAGUCAACACCUUUUUUUUUUCUCGCAAAGCUGAAGCCACACUGGAUUGGAAAAGCAUGUUCUCUCCUCCUGCAGUAUUAUCACAUUGUUUACAGCUGUUUUGUUUCGUAUUUUCAGAGAUAAAUGACUGGAGACUCAUCCCAGAAGAUAUGCAUAAUGAUUUUCAGUCCAGGAACUUGAUGAAGCAGCAGUUAUUUUUGUACAGCAUUGUAUGAUUGUGAUUACACAUGUCUCGUUUGAUGUAAUUUUUGUCCUGGCUUAUGGUCAGAAAUCCUAAAAAUGGCAGUAAAGAAGGAAUUCCUGUUCAUUCCUAAAUUAGGUGGCCAAGCUGCAAAGUGUCUUGCAAUUUCUCAGUCCUACCAGCAGAUGGAGCUAAAUACCAGGAUACGUUUCAUUUUAAUUUAAAACCAACAUUAUUAAUGGCAUGAACGUGAAAGCAAUUUUAGUUUAAGUACUCAUAAUUAUGUUAUUGACAAAUAAAGAGUAGCGCAGAGAAAA